AUGCGUCGCAGACGCGAAUACAAAUUAAAAGGAGAUGUUAAGUACGUCUUAACCUGGGAGGAAAACCAUCUCAUAACGCAAGACAUAUUUGCCGCACAAAAUUGUUCACAGGCAAACUGCUUUUUCACCAAUCACAGAAAAUUUCUACUGAAUUACUUGCAAUUCGAUGCUAUUGUCUUCAAUGAAAAUUUCCUAGAGUCAGAAGCCGAAGAUAGACCAGGUAAACGUAAGGCGUCACAAAUAUACAUUUUCAAUACUCUGGAAUCAUCAUACAAUAACCCGGCGUGUAACACGUACGACGACGGCUUUUUCAAUUGGACUUUUACAUAUCGUCUCGAUUCUGAUAUCGUGUGGAGUUACUUUAUUGUGCGAAAUCUUACGGGAGCCGUCGUAGCCCCCAGCGUUUCUGCAAAAUGGCAAAGAAGUUCCAAGCCUGUGCCCCGCAGGAUAAAGCUCAUUUUAGGUAAAAAGAAAAAAGCGGCAGCGUGGCUUGUAAGCCACUGCAGAGCCGACAGUUUUAGAGACGAAUAUUUAACCAGGCUUCAAGAACAUUUAUUUCAUUUCGCCCUGAGAAUCGACGUUUAUGGUAGCUGCUCGCAAAAUAAAUGUCCAAAUGACAAUUGUGACGUUAUGUUGAGGGAUUAUUACUUUUACAUGGCCUUCGAAAACUCUUUCUCUGAAGACUACGUGACGGAAAAAGUUCUGCAUGGAUACGAUAACUAUGCCGUGCCUAUAGUAUAUGGCGGCGCAAACUAUAGCAGGUUCCUCCCAGCCGGCUCCUACAUAAACGCGCGCGAGAUGCACCCUUAUAAUUUAGCCUUCGCCAUGUACAAAGCCAUAAAAGAUCCUAAGCUUUAUGAAACGUAUUUCAAAUGGACUAAUUUGUACACCGUAGAAUCCGAUCCUCGUUCAAGCCACCCCCUAUGUGAGUUAUGUGAAGCCUUACAUACGAAGUCUAGGCGUGUACCGGCAAAAGAAAAGUUUCGAAUUUGGUGGAAUGACAUCAAUGGCAUGAAAUGGUGCCUUUCGCAGGAAUAUUGGAACGAGACGUCGCUCGUUAAUAUCGAUGGCAGUCAUAUAUUUCGUUUGUAUUAA